AUGUCCUGCUCCAGCCUGUGUGCCCCCAGCUGUGGCGUUGCCACCCCGGCCCCUCUGGCUGGCACCUGCAACGAGCCCUGCGUGCGGCAGUGCCCUGACUCCACGGUGGUCAUCCAGCCCCCGGCCUCGGUGGUCACCUUCCCCGGGCCCAUCCUCAGCUCCUUCCCGCAGCAGAGCGCCGUGGGCUCGGCCGGAGCUCCCUUCGUGGGAUCCGGCUCCGGUGGUGCCUUCGGAGGCCGUGGUGGCUACGGGGGCUUCGGUGGCCGUGGAGGCUAUGGAGGCUCUGGAGGCUUUGGAGGCUUCGGGGGAUUCGGAGGUUGUGGAGGAUUCGGAGGCUUCGGGGGCAGCUGCGGCGGCUCCAGAGGCUGCGGGCCCUGCUGCUAAGUUCCAGCCCGUGCC